AUGAGUUCCUACCUGGACUACGUGUCGUGCGGCAGCGGCAGGGGCGGCGGCGACGUGCUGAGCUUUGCGCCCAAGUUGUGCCGCGCCGACGCUCGGCCAGUGGUCCUGCAGCCCGCCUUCCCCAUAGGCAGAGGCGACGGCGCCUUCGUGAGCUGCCUGCCCCUGGCCGCGGCCCGAGCGGCGCCCUCGCCCCCGGCUGCUCCGGCGCAGCCUCCCGCGCCGCCCCCGGCCGCGCCCGCGUACGCCCCGUGCCCCCUGGAGGGGACCUACGAGCCGGGCACGGCACCUGCCGCGACCGGCGGCGCGGACUACGGUCUCCCGGGGCCCGGGCCCCCGUACGACUUCCCGUGCGCGCUCGGGCGGCCGGCCGACGACGGCGGGGCGCACGUCCACUACGCUACCUCGGCCGUCUUCUCGGGCGGCGGCUCCUUCCUCCUCAGCAGCCAGGUGGACUACGCGGCCUUCGGCGAGCCCGCCCCCUUCCCGGCGUGUCUCAAAGAGCCGGCCGACGGCCACUCCGGGGCCUUCCAGACCGCGUCCGCCGCCCCCGGCGUCUACCCCAAUUCUGCGUCCCCUUCCUCCGGCCUCCCCGCCGCCUUCAGCACGUUCGAGUGGAUGAAAGUGAAGAGGAACGCCCCGAAAAAAAGCAAAUUUGCCAAGUAUGGAGCCGCCAACUCGUCCAGCGCGAUCCGCACGAAUUUCAGCACUAAGCAACUAACAGAACUAGAGAAGGAGUUUCAUUUCAAUAAGUACUUAACUCGGGCCCGACGAAUCGAGAUAGCCAACUCACUGCAGCUGAAUGACACCCAAGUCAAAAUCUGGUUCCAGAACCGCAGGAUGAAACAGAAGAAAAGGGAACGAGAAGGGCUUCUGCCCUUGGCCACCACCGUGACUUCCCUCCAACUUCCCCUCUCAGGAACGAGCCCCACCAAGUCUGGCAAGAACCUGGGGAGCCCUUCUCAGGCCCAAGAACCUUCAUGAGCCUUAGUCACGAGGCUGAGGAACUGUGGCCUGUAGAACUUACAGGCCACCCCACCCCUAUCUGGACUUAUUAGCUCAGUUUAGGAUGCAGGUGGGCAGGGCAGAAAUAAUAAGAGGUUUCACUUGGAGAGGAAGUAUCCUGGUGGCUUCUGAGUUCGGAGCUGUGGGUGUCCAGAUGUUAAUUUGAAGUCUCUAAAGCCACCGAUCUGUGUAUUAAUUGUGUCUUAUCAGGGAAAAGGAGCCCAGCCGCCCGCCCAGCCCUGCUGCUAUGUUGCCUAACUUAGUCAUGUGCAAUUCUCGGUGCAGAGUGGCAGAGCAUUCCUUGCUGAGCUCAACCAACACCUUGAUGUGCUCAGAAGAGCAUCUACCCAAAGUUUUAUCUGGUUUUAAUUUAAAA